CAAUAUGCUGCUGGGAACUGCAUUGGUAUUACUGCUGAGCCUUUCCGGUACAAUUUCCGGGGGCAGACACCGCAGGAAGGAUCUCGUGCGUCUGAGAAGGAGCAUUAUCAAUGAGAAGUGUCCGUACCCGUGCACUUGCCCGACAAAGGAAGUCUGCGAGGAGUGCGAGGAAUGUCCUAGACAGCUGGAUGAGCCGUGCAGCGACGAUCGACCUUGCGACCGCUUCAAGGGCCUCGUUUGCGCCUUCCUGCACGACGGGGACACCGAGGGCGUUUGCAGAGCUGAUACCAGCGGAGUCCCCUGCGUGGUGUACAACAAAACUUACCGUCACGGUGAGACCUUCUCCCCAGACUGCCGUACACAAUGUGCAUGUCAGAACGGCACGUACGGAUGUUCCUCGCUGUGUCCUCAGGAGCACAUCUCGCCCGAGGGAUCCUGCCGGCAUCCGAGGCUCGUCGAGCUGCCAGGACAAUGCUGCAGGGAGUGGAUGUGCGACAGCCAAGCCGUUGAAGAGCCUCCUUCGUGCGAGCCUACGUUCACGAAAUGGUCGGAAUGCAGCAGCAAUUGCGGUUCCGGUAUUUCCACCAGAAGAUCCAAUCUGAACGGAAGAUGCGAAUCUGCAGUGGAGGCUCGCAUCUGCCAGACCAGGCGUUGUGAUGCUAAUGAGGUCUUCACGCAUCGCAGUCACCAUCACCACUUGAGA